CGGAGACAGACGGCUGCUCAACCAGGAUGCGUCCGUGGCGCAUGCCAUCUUCAAGCCUUACAACGCCACGGACACCCACCGCUACUCCUCCGCCUCGCCCGACUGGGUCGCAUACCAAUUAGGACUAUUUUUGGACACAGAUAUGGUUCCUCCCGCAGUGAUGCGCCAGAAUGUUCAAGUGGGAGGCAUUUUAUUUGUUUUGGGAACAGUGAUUCAUUUUGUGCCCAACGUCAAAACAUUAACUCGUGUAGGCCCUCAGGUUCUAGUUUACUCCCAAAGUAAAUAAAGCAUAUCUCUUUAAAAGUAUCAUUCUGGUCUCUUUUCAUUACAUGAAUAAAAAAUUUAAUUUUAAAAAUCUUGAACUCAAAUGUGAUGUAUUGCAUUGUAAAAGCCACAAACUACCACAUCAAUUGUCAAAAGUUGAUUCCAAGACUGGCUUUCAAGCUCAUAUCCAAUGUCUAGUAUAAAAUUCUAUGCUCAUAAUUGAGAAGAAGAUUUUCUUCCAUGUUAUAGCCGACUCAAAAAAAUCAUUUCUUUUGUGGGUGAAAAAUGUUUUUGUACUAUUUACAGUUUAUUUGUUUCCAGACUAUAUCAAAAAUAUAACUUUAAAAAUGUUUUUAUUUUUCUCUGAUAGGAAUGGGGUGCAGAAUCAUCAGUAUAUUUGGUAAGUAAUGUUCAUGUGUUGGAUGCUCUUGUGGGAUCCAUUCCACGAGAAAGAAGAUAUUUCAUGGAAGGCUUACAUUGGGUGUGGCAUGGAAAGCGGUGCCCAAUGCUAUUGGACCACCCUCAUGGUAGUGUAGGAAAUGAAAAACUUCAUCCCAUGUGGAACCCUAGGAGCUCUUCAAGGGGUGUUCAAAAAGUAUCGCUCAAGACAAUAGUGGCACUUCAAGGUUUAGAAAUGUCCAUCUUACAAGAAAAGCUUGGAUCCCAUCUCUCUGUGGAAGAGAUGGAGAAAAUAUUGCAUAGGCGAGAUCAGGUGGUAAAUUAUUUCCACACCAUUUCCAAAAAUAUACCAGCUCUUAUUGUUUGAUCAUCUAUACAUUAUCUUAAUUUUUUGGAUUUUCAUUUUCAUUUUUAUUUCAAUAAUAUAGUCCUCAUAAAUUGCAAGAUGAGGUUUGGAUUAACUUGAUAGCACAAAUGGUGCCUUCAAUCCUUUGAAUUUUCAUUCUUCAUAUAUAAAUUUGUCCAUACAUGUCUCAUUUGAGGAUCAAAUUCAUAUCUUAAAUAAAUUUCAAACAAAAAAUUUACAUUCCAUAUGUUUUGGAAUUAAAUGUAUGUAUUAUAAUAAAAUUCUAAAACCUUUCAAACACUGUCUCUUAUUUUGCAAUCAGCACUAAUAAAAAUAAUAAAAAUAAUAAUGAGAGAGUGCUAAUGUUGCAAAUGUAACCAAAAAAAUCAAUAUCUUCAGUCGAUAUUUAAAAAAUGUACAUAUUUAUUUACUAAGUUUACAAGAAUUGUGCUCAAUUAUGAUCAAGAUUACAAAAUGCAUUGUCACUAUCCGGAAUAGAAAUUCAAACCUAAAAACUGAACCUAUUAUUUUGUAAUUUAAUAAACGCCUUUAAUCAGUUGGUUGAUAAGAUGAUGUGGCUAUUCAGACACAUUGUGCCUUUUCAACAUAGAACUUCAUUGGUUGCAAUGAAAUGUGCCCCAUUAAGAUCUUUAUUCUCAUGUUUCCAACUCAUUCUUUGCCCUAAAACACCUCUUUGGUGUGGUGACGACAAAAGAGCUUUUCUUUUGACCUAAUUUCAACCUAAAGAAUUGGUAUAUGCUCUCAAAUCUUUAGCUUUACAAAUAAGUUAAAAUAUUCAAGAAUACCAUUAAUUGAAUCAAUUCUAAGUCUGUAUCACUUAUGCAAUCUAAGUGCGUAUUACUUGCGGAAAUAUUAACAAGAGCAAUUGCAAAACGGGGGCAACAAUAUGUGCUUCAUGACUUGACAAAAGGAAAAAUAUUCCUUCAUGUAUUAAUGUGGUUGUUCAAAUGUUUAUGUUGAUUGUGGAAGUUUCUAAAUCAAAAAUGUAAAGGUUAUUUCAUCUAAAAUAGAGGAAAUUGUAAUUCACUUAAGGAAUAUUCUAUAAAAAUAUGUUUUAAGAAAUAAGUAAAAAAAUUAUGUUUUCAAAUUGGAGAUAAUUUUUUUUUAAAAAAAAACAUCAUUUUGACUAGAAAAGAGAAAAGAAAAGAAGGUGGAACAAUAUGUGGAAUAACAAAUCUUGGCAUCUAUAAGCUAUAUUAUUGAGCUCAAUAAUAUUAAAAUUAAUUUAAUUCUCUCUCUCUCUCUCUCUCUCUCGAUAUAUAUAUAUAUAUAUAUAUAUAUAUUCACCCGAUUGGAGGCGAUUUAUAAAAUUUAUGCUGUGACAAAAGAACGAAGAAAUAUUUUAAAACUGGUGAAAGAAGAAACUCGAAACAGAGGAGGAACGGGAACGGGAACGGGAUAGGGAACGAGAAAUAAAAUAAAAAAUAAAAUAAAAAAUUGGCCACAGAUGCAUCCAUGUGGCUAUGAUCGAAUUCAACCCAACAGCAACGUUCCCAUGUCUGUUCCCAUCGCACCACCAGAACCUUCUCCGCCCGGGGUCAUGCACUCCCGCCACGGUCAUGAGGUGUGGCCGCCCAUGGGCACCUCAUCACCGUGUAGAUUCAUCGCCCAGGGCAGUAGUGGAGCCGCCACGGGAUUGGGUCCGCGUGCGGUGUCGGUGCGGCCACCGCGAAAGCGGCCUCGCCUGGCCCGUUGGAACGCGGCGCCAUACCUCCCGCGUCGGUCGCUGGAGGCCAUGGCCACCGGGCAGGGAGCCUCGCCUCGAUACGGCGACGAAGGCACCGCGGACGUCAUCCUUAUGCUCAGGCCCCUCCAAGGGCCCCCUCUACCGCCACUCUUGCUGCAUUCGCAAGCGUUGCGACGCAGCGAGUUUUUCGAAGCUCGCUUGAGUGAGAGGUGGUCGGUGAUGAGCCAAGGCCAGCCGUUAGAAAUCACCUUGGAUAAGUGCGUCAAUCCGAGCACCUAUGUCCGAUGCUUACAGCUGCUGUAUGUCCCCAAUCGUAUCAAGCACACAGCAUUUGACGACGUGCAAGAUGCGCUCGGGAUCCUGGAAGUGGCGGCCGAGUUGUUGUUCCAUGACUGCGUGGGCGCGUGCAUGCGGUACUUGGAAGCCGUUCCUUGGACGGUCGAGAACGAGACGGCGAUCCGUGAAUGCGUCGCGAGCCUGCACUUGCAAUCGUCCCCAGAUCUGGCAGCCAGGUUGUGUGCGCCCGAGGGAGCCAUGCGGAAGCCAGUCGACGUGAUGAAGGACGUGCUUGGAGAGCUUCUGGCUUUGGUUACGAAUGGUGCGCCUUCGAAAGCGCGCGAUAUCACGGAGCGUGUGCUUCUUGCCAAUGUCCACCCUUCUGCGUCGUCUGCCUUCGGUGGAGUUAAUGAACUGGCCUUGCUUAAAGAGUUCCAGGGGAAUUUGGGUCAAUUGAAAUCUCAAUUGCGGAAGUUUGCGAACUUCUUUUCCUGGAAUGCUCAUCAGGUGACCCUUGCCUGUUCAGCAUUGAGAUGGCUAAUUGAUGAGUUGUUCUCUCUUCAAAUUGCCGACAUGUCCAUAAAGAUAUUCUCUGAAGAGCAAGAGCUUGCCCAACUAAUGGUUUCAAGAGUAUAUCAAAACCCUUUCACAGAGACUUUGUUUCAAAUUUUGGUCCGUAUGUUGCAAGCUCUUCACAAAGGAGAGGUCAUUGCACCUAGAAGUGUGCGAUUAGCCCUCAUCUCAACAUGGUUGCCUAUUAUCGCAAAGCUCGGCAACGAUCACAACGACAAUUUUGGGAGAACCUACGAGAUACGACGGAACGUUGAGCUGAGUUUUGGUGCGGUGGUUGAAACACUUCCUAUGCUGGACCAAGAAGCCGUGUUCAAAAUAUGGGUUGGAGCGUGUUUGAAAUGUCGUAAGGCAUGGCCAGAUUUGAGCGAUGCUUUUGAUGCUUGGUGCAGUAAGCUUCGAGCCGCUCAACGCGAAAGCGACUUAGAAUUGGGUACAGCGCCGUUGAUAUCCGAGGUGUGUUCAUCGUGAGAAUAUGUCCAUCAAAACAAAUGCGAAUAAAUAAUAAAAAUAAAUAGUUAACUUUCUUGGUAGGGGUUGUAUGAUUUUGUGUGGUACAUUACUAAUGGUAUAAGUAUGGUGUAGCUUAUAGCUUCAGUUUAUUAGUCUUUGUAAGAAAACAUUGAAGAAGUUGAUGAGAUUAAGAAAAGAACUUUAGAAUUAGACAAAUAGUUGUCUUAUCAGAUCAUUUCUUCAGGAAGAAAUAUUUUGAUGUUUAAAAGAUAACAAAAAAUGAAUGUAAAUGUUCUAAGAGCCUUGUCUUGAAGUUACAGGAUAACUCUUAUUACAUACCUUUGAUAGUGCCA